AAAAAAAGAAAAAGAAAAAAAAAAUACUGCAAAAACCAAAAUAACCUCAGAUCGACGUCAUUGAAUACAAAUAUAAAAUGGUCAAGGAUAAUUCAUCGAAUCAUUCUUUCCUUCACUCUUUUACCAGAAAGAAGGAAAAUAUGCCAAUUGAGACUUCGAUAAAUGAUACAUCUCACAAAAAGUCCAGCCUUGACAUUCAAAGACCUACAACAGAAGAGGAUACAUCGGAGCAUUUAGAGAACAGGCCACGAAAAUUAAGUCGUUCAUCGUCCCUAACCUCCUUGGACAAAUUAAAAAGAGAGGUUAGUCAGGAACCAGUCAACAGGAAAUCAACCGACAGUGGACGCCACACGAUCAGCUCUUUGAUCAAGAGACGUAAAGAGUCGAGAGCAAGCAAGACAAGUUUCGAAAGCAAUAGAUCAUUAUCCACGAAUAGUAGUAGCGGUCAUGGCAGUGACAAUUACAUACAACAGCCUUCAAUGAUGAUUAGUGAAUUGGAUUUAUUGUCAGAACGGCCCGGCAGUUUCGCCGCUGUUUGCGAAUUUCAAUUGGCGACUGAAAAAAAGAAUGAAGCUUUUCAUGCGCUUUUUAAGAGUGUACCACAAACCGAUAAGCUCAUAGAAGUGUAUAAAUGUGCUCUUCAAAAAGAAAUCCUGCUACAAGGACACAUGUAUGUGUCAGAACAUCACGUCUGCUUCAAAUCAAACAUCUUUGGCUUUGUUACCAACCUCAUCAUAAACUUUCAUGAAAUAACAGAUAUACAGAAGAGAAUGACAGCCAAGAUAAUACCCAAUGGCAUCUUGAUCAAAACAAACACAAUUAGGCAUACAUUUGCUUCCUUCAUUUCCCGUGAUCAAGCCUAUGAUCAAAUUGUUAAAAUAUGGAAAUUACACAAACGUAUCACACCAACAUCGUCCUCUAUACCUGGAACAUAUGCUCGGUCACUUGAAAAUGAUAAACAAUACUUCAAUAGCUCUGCAAGUUUCUCUAGCGGUCAUUCCAAUGAUUCCGCUAUCAUGACAAAUUCCCCUCCUGUCCUACUCACAGACGAGCCUGUAUCAAAAGAGACUGUCAUUUCACGACCAGUUCUUGUUGCGCAUGAAAAUAAACCAGCUGCUGCUACUCUUUUGACGGUAGAAAAUACACCUGUGAUAUCCAAUAAUCGGCCAAGAUCCAUUUCUGAUUCCUAUAAAGACAAAGUCAUUCCUUCACCCAUCAUUGUUCCACCAAGACCCAAUGGUAGCUCUCCAGAAAAAAAUACAGCCAAAGCGGAGCCUAUCGAGUACACAGCGAACAAAGCUGUCAUUUGCCCUUGUAUGAAAAGUAACAAGCAGUAUACCCACGUUGCAUUAGACAGAACGUAUCAUGGAACCGUCGAGGCCAUGGAUAAAUUGCUCUUUGAAACUGAUUUUAUUAAAAGCUUUUUAGAGCGUUGUGAGAACUUUGGAGGUAAGAUGAGAGAUCAAGGGUUGCUUGUGAUAGAUACUUAUACCACCCUAUAGAUGUUGAACUGGGAGUAUGGCAAAACAACUCUCGAAGUAUUAAAGGAAAAAGACGAAUAAAAACUUCAGCCAUGAGUAAGUAAAGAACGUAGAAAUGAAUCCAGGACCGUUUAACCUUAUUUUUUUUUAAAAAAAAAUUACCUAGGUACGAGGGUGAUAAACAUACUA